GAGAGGCCUCGCAAGUGAGGGGUUCCACCUUUCUGAGACCUCACCCUGCACGGAAGGCUCAUGGAGCUCAGAGCACUGGGAGCUGGCCUCUGGAGGGUUGGCAGAUUCCUUCUGGACCUAUAGGGUGCCACUCCAGUCCAGCCACCAUGGCACAUGGCUUCACAGCGGGCUUUGACCCACCAGGUCUAGGAGAACUCAGCUCUAGCUCUCUGAGCUCCCUCUCCUCCCGAGGCCACCUGGGCAGCGACUUCGGCUCCACCGCAACACGAUACCUGUUGCGGAAGCAGCAGCGACUGCUGAAUGGGCCCCCCCCGUGGAAUCCGAGCCUCAUCACCCAUGGGCCGUGUCAUUCUCAUCAACUCCCCCAUCGAAGCCAACAGUGAUGAAAGUGACAUCAUCCACGCAGUCCGGGUGGAGAAGAGCCCAGCAGGGAGGCUGGGUUUCAGUGUGCGGGGAGGCUCUGAGCAUGGCCUGGGCAUCUUUGUCAGCAAAGUGGAGGAGGGGAGCAGUGCAGAGCGGGCUGGCCUAUGUGUGGGGGACAAGAUCACAGAGGUGAACGGACUGAGCCUAGAGAGCACCACCAUGGGCAGCGCAGUGAAGGUGCUGACGGGCAGCAGCCGCCUGCACAUGAUGGUACGGCGCAUGGGCCGGGUGCCAGGCAUCAAAUUCUCCAAGGAGAAAACCACAUGGGUGGAUGUGGUGAACCGGCGGUUGGUGGUGGAGAAGUGCAGUUCCACUCCAUCCAACAGCAGCUCGGAGGAUGGUGCGCGGCGCAUUGUCCACCUGUACACGACCUCUGACGACUUCUGCUUGGGCUUCAACAUCCGAGGGGGCAAGGAGUUUGGCCUGGGCAUCUAUGUGUCCAAAGUGGACCAUGGUGGGCUGGCCGAGGAGAAUGGCAUCAAGGUGGGGGACCAAGUCUUGGCGGCCAACGGUGUCAGGUUCGACAACAUCAGCCACAGCCAAGCCGUGGAGGUGCUGAAAGGCCAAACACACAUCAUGUUGACCAUCAAGGAGACAGGCCGGUACCCUGCCUACAAGGAGAUGGUUUCUGAGUACUGUUGGCUGGACCGAUUGAGCAAUGGGGUGCUGCAGCAGCUGUCACCUACCUCUGAGAGCAGCUCCAGUGUCUCCUCAUAUGCCUCCAGCGCCCCCUAUAGCUCAGGCUCCCUGCCCUCGGACCGCAUGGAUGUCUGCCUGGGGCCUGAUGACCUGGGCAGCCAAGGACCAGGUUGGGGGCGGGCGGACACAGCCAUGCAGACGGAGCCUGAUGUGGGGGGCCGUGUGGAGACUUGGUGUAGCGUGCGGCCCACAGUCAUCCUCAGAGACACAGCCAUCCGUUCUGAAGGACCCCCUCCUGCCCGCCGCCUUGACUCUGCCCUCUCAGAGUCCCCCAAGACUGCUUUGCUGCUGGCCCUUAGCCGACCCCGGCCCCCCAUCACACGCUCCCAGAGCCACCUGACCCUAUGGGAGGAGAAGAAACAGCGGAAGAAGGAGAAGUCGGGGUCCCCUGGGGAGAAGGGGGCCCUGCAGCGCUCCAAGACUCUGAUGAACCUCUUCUUCAAGGGAGGGCGGCAGGGGCGGCUUGCAGGGGAUGGGCGCAGAGAGGCCUGGACACUGGACAGCAGGAGCCCAGCCAAAGCCCGCCCUCGCCUGGACCUGGAGAAAGCAGGGGGAGUUGGGCCUGUACAGAAGUUUGUCACCUGGAGACUGAGACGUGACCGGGAGAGGAGCCAGGCCCUGAUCUCUGCCAGGUCCGGGAGCCCCUCUAGCCAGCUGCCCAAUGAGCAGGUGCAGGCCUGGGAGAGCCGGUGGCCACUCAUUCAGGACCUGGCCCGGCGGCUGCUGACAGAUGAUGAGGUGCUGGCAGUCACCCGUCACUGCUCACGGUAUGUGCAUGAGGGUGGUGUGGAGGACCUGGUGAGGCCCCUGCUGGCUAUUCUGGACAAGCCUGAGAAGCUCCUGCUGCUGCGGGACAUCAGGAGUGUGGUGGCCCCCACGGACCUGGGCCGCUUUGACAGUAUGGUGAUGCCCGUGGAGCUGGAGGCUUUUGAGGCCCUCAAGAGCAGGGCAGUACGGCCUCCUGCUUUGAGACCAGCCCGGCAGGACACGCCACCCAAACGUCACCUCAUCACCCCUGUGCCUGAUAGCCGUGGAGGUUUCUACCUGCUGCCUAUGAACGGUUUCUCUGAAGAAGAGGAUGGGGAGCUGAGGGAGCAGCUGGGGGGCCUCAAGGUCUCCCUGAGUGCCUCGGCUCCCCACCACCCUCAUCAAGGGAUCCCCCCUCUCCAAGAUGUGCCAGUAGAUGCCUUCACACCAUGCAGAAGCACAUGUACACCCUCUCCCCCACCACCCCCUGUCGCUCCCCGGCCACCGCGGCCUAACUGGCUGCUGACAGAACCCCAGAGCCAGAGCCAGGGCCAAGCCCAGGGUCGAAGCAGAAGCCACAGCAGGGGUCGAGGCAAGUCCCCUGGGUGCAGGCGCUCCCCUUCCCCAGCACCCAUCCCCACCUCCAGCGCAGCCAAUGGGCGCUACCACAGGCCUCGGAAGGCCAGGCCCCCUCUGCCACGACCCCUGGAUGGGCAGGUGGCUAAGGUGGGGGCCAGGCAAGGUCCUUCAGAGAAUGGAUCCGGCAGGGGAGCUGAGGAGGCAGCCAUGAAGGCCCCCAGUGGGGAGCUGAGGACAAUCACACUGUCUAAAAUGAAGCAGUCCUUGGGCAUCAGUAUUUCAGGGGGCAUCGAGUCCAGGGUGCAGCCCAUGGUGAAGAUAGAGAAGAUCUUCCCAGGGGGUGCCGCCUUUCUCAGCGGGGCCCUGCAGGCUGGUUUCGAGCUUGUGGCAGUGGAUGGAGAGAGCCUGGAGCAGGUGACCCACCAGCGAGCAGUGGACACCAUCCGCAAGGCUUAUAGAAACAAGGCUCGGGAACCCAUGGAGCUUGUGAUAAACCUGGUGUCCAUCAUGGACAAAGUGCUAACAGGCAGCCUGUCACCUACACUCACUGCCCCUCCAAACUCCUAA